UUCUGCUCUAGGCACUUGCCGCUGGCACCUGGGCCUGAUUAGACGGCACUGGGGGCGUCGCCAACUCCGUUGCCUCACUUUCUCUGAUCCCCCACGGGCUUCCAGAAGACAGUUGUUGGAGCUUUUCGAGCACCGCUGCUCUACUCGACGUCCUAGAAAGCCAGUUAAUUCCCUGAACUAAUCGGGGUGGAGAGAGUUGACGUACGGUCACCUCAAUUUAGGCUCAACGAGAUCAGAGUGGGUCGCGUCGAAGACGGUCACGGGCUUUUUUUUUCCCCCUCCUGGGCACCGAGGACCAACCCUCUUCCCUUUCAUCCCACCUGCAGUUCCGGGCGGACUUUGGCUAUGGACCUCUCCCAGCUGUGGGCCUUCCUCAUCCCGCUCACCCUGUCCGGGGCGGAAGCCUCAGAUCCGGAGAAGCCGAGCCUGGACGCCAGCUUGGAGAUCUAUAAGAAGCUGUUCGAGGUGAAGCGCAAAGACCAGCUGAACGCCCUGAAGAACCUGAUUGAGCUCAACGACGUGAACCAGCAGUACAAGAUCAUCGACAUCAUGCUCAAGGGGUUGUUCAAGGUGCUGGAGGACUCCCGGGCCGUCCUCAUCGCCGCCGACGUCCCCCCCGACGGGCCGCUGCCUCAGGAUGAGAAGCUGAAGGACGCUUUCUCCCACGUGGUGGAGAACACGGCCUUCUUCGGUGACGUGGCGCUGCGCUUCCCCAAGCCCGUGCACCACUACUUCGACCGCAACUCCAACUGGAACAGCCUGAUCCGCUGGGGCAUCGGCUUCUGCAACCUGACGGGCAUCUUCGACCGAGGGCCCCACUCCCAGGUCCUCGGCCUGAUGGCUCAGGAGCUGGGAAUCAGCGAGAAAUCCCCGGAUUACCGGAACCCCUUUAAGACGGAUCACUCAGAGGUGCCCAGGGAAGCGCCCCCCAAGCCACAGCCCGGACCGCCGGCGAGCGGGCAAGAGCCUCCCGGGCGGGGAAGCCGGCUGGCCAGCGAUUUUCCUGUCCCGCGGCUCGGAGGAGGAGAAGCGCCAAGACGAGCCGCAUCGCCGAGGGCCGGGAUCUGGAGAGGGGGCUGCCUCUGGGCAAGGGUCCCGCCAACCCUAAGGCCUCCGGUGCCUUGGGCACCAGACUCGUCCCAAGGACGGCGGCGGGGGCCGGGUCCCGGCCCCGUCCACUCCGGAGAGGGUGAGUGACUUCUAACAGCCGCAGCGGGGCUUGGGGGCCCCACCGCAUCCGUAUCUCUGAGCACUGUCACACUGUGGAACCACCAGGUGCCUCACCGGACCCCUCACUCCGACUCCUUUUUUCACUCAGCUCAAUAAAACUCCGCCUUCUUUUUCACUUGACUCAAUAAAACUAGCAAAUUUUCCCAGA